AUGUGGGGGUAUGUGUGGGUAUGUGGGGGUAUGUGGGGUAUGUGUGGGUAUGUGGGGGUAUGUGUGGGUAUGUGGGGGGGGGGGGGGUCUGUGGGGGUAUGUGUGGGUAUGUGUGGGUAUGGUGUGGGUAUGUGGGGGGUAUGUGUGGGUAUGUGGGGGUAUGGUAGGUAUGUGGGGUAUGUGGGGGUAUGUGUGGGUAUGUGGGGUAUGUGGGGGUGGUGGGGGUAUGUGUGGGGGGGUAUGUGGGGGGGUAUGUGUGGUGUUAUGGGGGGGUAUGUGGGGGUGAUGGUGGAAUGGGGAAUGUUGUGGGGGGGGUGGGGGGUUGGGGGGGUGGGGGGUGGGUGGGGGGAGUGGGGGGGGGUGGGGGGUUGGGGGGGGGGGGUCGGGUUGAGUAUGGUUUAUUGGUAUUUAGGGGGGUGGGAUUUUGGUGGGGUAUAUGGUGGGGGGGUAUGGGGGUGGGGGGGGGUGGGGUGGUGGUGA